AGCAGACAGGUUACCCUCAUUUAUCCAAAGAAAAAAAAAAACUGCUUAUAUAAAAAAAAAAUCUAAACAUCUAUUUUUCAAAACUACACAUUUCCCUGUUUUCAGAACGUUGUGAAUACACCAUUUUCCCUCUUCAACCAAGCAAGCUCUGCUAGGGUUUAAACUCAGCGUUUUUGUUUCUUCUGUUGCUGAAGAAUGGAUCCAAAAGUGUGUGAUGAAACAGUGAAAGAAGCUUCAGUUUUCAAGCCUGAGAAGAUUCCCCAAGCAGUCGAUGAAUCGAUUGUGUGUCCCACUCCAGAGAAGAAGACUGAACUAUUACCCAACAAAUUCAAGGAUCCACUAUCCCAUCUUCCAGAAGAUUACAGGAACAUUGCUGAAUUGUUUAGUCAUAUGAGUUGUUCACUUAGAUUGCUGCAUCUGCGUAAAAAAUCUCCAACUUUUCUGAAUAUUUGCAACAAGGUUGAAGUUCUUGCUAAAAGAAACUUCUCACAUGCUGAUCUAGCACAGAUGAAGUAUAUACUCCCUGAAGGGAUAGAAAUAGAAAAGGUUGUUGUUAUUGAUAAGAAGAGCUUGUCUGUGAAGCCGGAUUUGAAGAUCACCUUGGUUUUCGAAGUUGUAAAAGAUCACUCUGAACAGUCUGCAGAUAUAGCUCUUAGACGACUUUUUAAUUCCAGGCUGAUUAAUUUCUUUAAUCUGCACCCUCAGGUUACUAAGAUUCCACAGUCCAGACUACCAGAGCCCUUUAGCCAAGAAGCUUGUAAUUUGGCUUUCAAUGAAGGGCCUGCAGAUUUUGCAGCAGAACUUUCAUCAACUUCCAAUGAAGUUGUAGAGCAGCUGAACAACUUACAUUUGACUCCAUCUUUUAAAAGACGAUUUUAUCAGAGGAAUGCUACUGAACAGACGGUCCAGACUAAGCAAGUUCAGAGCUUUUCAUCAUCUGAAAACUCUCUGUCAUCAGAUGAAUCUGACUCCCUAGACAACCAAGAAAGUGAAAGCUCAUGGCAGAGAGAAUGUACACCAUUGUCUGAUUGUGAGAGUAAUCCUAAUGCAGAAAGUGGCAAGCAGAAGGAAUCAUUGGCAAUGUCUUUUCAGGCAAAUGUUAUUAAUACACCAUCAGAACAUAAGAUAUCCUCUCCGCGUUUUGUUAGCCGCUGUAAUUCUGAAAGCCCUGAUUUAAAAAUUGUCUCUUGUGCUGAUAGUUUGUUGACACAGACACCUGCUCUGUCAGCACCUGAGAGAUUGGUGCUUGGCUCUGAUGUUAAGCCUCAGAAAAUGACUGCUCAAAAGUCUAUGUCAGGCUUUAAGCCCGCAAAAAGAGCGCUCGACUUUACACUCACAGAAGGCAAUGGUGAUUUCGAUUAUAGAGUAGACAUGUUAGAAUCUAGCAAAGCUAUGCCUGAAUCUGAGUAUUGCAAAUCUUUUGAUUCUGUUUCCCUGCCUCAAGAGAUACAAGAGAAUCUUUGUUAUUCCUUUGAGAAAAUCAACCAAAAUCAAAUUAGUUUGGAUGCAUCAGAUGACAAUCCUCCAUCAUUAGUGGAACUGGUUAAUGUGAUUGACUCUAUAUUUAGCUCUGCCAAAACAAAUGAAAUCACAAAAGAGGAGCUCCUGCAAAAGAUAAUGGUUAACUGUUCAGAUUUUGUUGAGACUACUAGAGAAGUUGAAGAACAGAUUGAGAUUUUGGAAAAGAUUGUGCCAGAUUGGAUUUGCAAGAAGUUGCUUGCUUCUGUAGAUGGAAUCACACUGUACUGCGUUAAUAAUGCGAUAGAUUUGGACUCGGUUCGAUCAAGACUUCUCAGUAAUGCAACCAAAGGAGACGAGUGAAAGAUUUUUGUUGAACGACUACAAAUGUUAAUCGUUGUAUUGCAAAUGAUUGUCGGUAAUGUUGUGCAUUGUAUGAUAAUUGUUGGUUGGAUUUUGCAGUCACUGUUUUGGUUCAACAACCCUCAUAUUGUUUGUACUAUUUUUUUCAACACCAAUUCGAUUUUCAUUCGUACUUGAGUUUUCCUUU